AUGAUUCCGCAGGUUGUGAUCGACAAAGUGCUAUCAAAAGCGCGGGAAACUGCGUCACAUAGUUGGGAGUACGGCACCGUGUUUGAAGCAUUACUCGAGUACAAGGAUCCUCAGCACAGCAUCUUCCAUAACCCGUUUCCACAGGGCGAGAUACCGGAAUUACAGGUUGAGGAUGUAGAAGCGAUGCAAUAUGUGAGACCGUUCAUACAGACGAGUAGCACGAGAUUGUGUGACGGCAAUGCGCCUGGCAAUCCUUACCUCUCCGCUGUAAAUCGCCAGCUGCACGACCUGCUCUCCACCACGCCCAGAUACAGGAAUGGCGCGAUAUCGCAUCGCGAUGCGUACCCUUCUUUGUGGGCAGACUUCAUCUACAUGGUGCCGCCUGCUCUUGCAUACCACGGUGUCUUCACCUCAGACAUAGGCAUGGUGAAAGAGAGUGUACGGCAGUGUCAGCUAUACUGGGAGGUGCUGGGUACGUCGAAAGGGUAUUGGCGACACAUCGCCAAUGCCGAGGGCACACACAGCGUAAAGAGCGAUGACGGCGCAUGGUGUACGAGCAAUGCCUGGGCUGCAGCUGGGAUGACUAGGGUGCUAGCAACAUUGCGCAAAUCUCAAUAUGAACCGGAAACCGCUGAUGAGCAGAAGACGCUACUAGAUAUGACCAAAGGCAUUCUUGACGGCGCGAUAGAGGCUGAUACUGAUGCAUCCGGCCUGUUGCGCAACUAUCUCGAUGACGAGACAUGGUUUGCAGAGGUUGCUGGGACGGCGUUAAUGGCAGCUACGGUCUUCAGGAUGGCGGUCCUCGAGCCUGGCACGUUCGGCGAACGGUACGUAGGAUGGUCGAAGCGUAAGCUGGAGUCUGUCAGUCGCCAUGUAGAUGAGGAUACUGGUGUUGUGGCGCCUGUCGUCAACUCCUUAAAGGAAGGUCAGCGGACGCCGCUCAACGGCAUCAAUCCGGAGGGACAAGCUUUUGUAGUGUUGCUAUACGCUGCAUGGAGAGACUGGAGGACUGUUGCAGAUAAUGCAUCAAUCGCGAUGACCGGAUGA